CGCGCAGGGUUCAGACCAGAAAGGAUUCACACCACUACAAUAAACCCGGACGGACUUCAUAUCGCUUUCAACAGGUAAGACGAUGACUAAGGACACAGAAAUUGACCUGGAGGAGGUGAAGCUCAACGAGGUGGACCUCGAGAAGCAGCUCAUGGCAGACGGCCAGCCGGCAGCCGGAGAAAAGAACGGCAGCGUGAAGCUGAAGGUCCCCGAGGACGAGGUCACGUUCACCGGCCUCUCCAAGGAGGAGCUCAUGAAGGUUGCGGGCACUCCGGGGUGGGUGCGAACCCGCUGGGUGCUGCUGGUCCUGUUCUGGCUGGGCUGGGUCGGUAUGCUCGCUGGAGCUAUUGUGAUUAUCGUCCAGGCCCCUCGCUGCAAACCCAUCCCGGAGAUGAGCUGGUGGAACGAAGGACCCCUGUAUCAGAUCUCUGACCUUGAGGCCUUCUCUGGUGGAAUGGAAGGCCUGGAGGAGAGGUUGGAUCAGCUGAAUCAGCUGAAGGUCAAAGGUCUGGUUCUUGGUCCGUUUCACACCGUCCAGGCAGACAAGCCGAUGACUCUGGAUUUGACAAAGAUUGACCCGACGCAUGGGAAGGAGGAAACUUUUCUUUCUGUGCUGGGGAAGGCCCACAAGAAGGGUAUUUCUGUGGUGCUUGACCUGACUCCAAACUACCUGGGAUCUGAUCCGUGGUUCACUGGGAGUAACGACGACAUAAUGGAGACGCUGCAGGCUGGAGCCGAGUACUGGCUGAACCUGGGCGUCGAUGGCAUCAAGGUGUCCGGCCUCUCCAUUGCCUCCAACUUUACGGACUGGCCGAAACUCCGGGCCGCCGUCCAGGGCAACCGCACCGACGACGCCAAGAAAAGGAUGCUGAUGGGCGUGGUCCAAGGUGAUUCAGCCGUCCAGGUGUCUGAACUGGUCAACGCCACUGGAGUAGACCUGAUCCUGCCCGACCUUCUCAGCAGCAAGAAUGAUGCUGUGGAGCGCAUCAGGGACGUGGACGUCCUUCACGCCCAGCAGAGAAACGUGGGCUGGGGUCUCGGUGCCAGCAAACUGGAGCAGCUGUCUAAACUGGCAACGUCUUCAGACCUGGUCCGUCUCUACCAGCUCCUGCUGUUCACGUUGCCUGGAACCCCCAUGUUCACCUACGGAGACGAAAUCGGCCUCCCGGCAGGAGAUGGUGCAGAAUCUCCCAAGAUGAUUUGGGACCUGGAUAAAGAACCGUCUAAGGACGCUGUUGAUGAAGCUGCUGAGGGCAACCGAACAGAGAAAGUUGCCACAAGGUCGUGGUUUAAAUCCCUCAGUGACCUACGAGGCAAAGAGCGUUCCCUGCUUCACGGUGACUACUACCCCCUCAACUCCACGGCCUCAUCGCUUUCAUUCCUUCGUGUUUGGGACCAGAGCGAAAGAUACAUAACGGUCGUUAACUGGGGAACAAAACCCUCAAAACUAAAACUUGCACUACCACCUACAGAUGGAGCCAAGUUGCCAGAGACGGCGAAGGUGAAGCUGUCCACGGACAAAGACUUGAAAGAAGACGCGUCAGUCAGCCUGGACGCAGUCACCCUGGGCCCUGAAAAGGCGGUCCUCCUGCAGUUCCCCUUUUCAGGCUAAAGAUGGGGACAAACUACAGGAAAGUUUGGGACGCGUCAGAUUUCUAGAUGUCAAUUUUUAAGAAUAAGGUUCACGGGAUGCAGAACAUUUCUUUAAAAACCUUACCCGGGUCAUAAGAUUUACGAAACACUGACCAGCAAGUUGUUUUAAAGACGUUUUUUUUUUUUUUUUAAUUGUCAGAAGAUGAUGUGAUAUUUUAUUUUUGACUCGGCAUUGUCCCAAUUUUAACAUUCCAUUUGUGUUCUUUUGGGCAUUCCUUUUAGUUCUGUUGGUUUUGGUUUUUAAGAAGAAGGAAAAAAAAAAAAAAAGGUUAAAGCGCGGGUUUUUAUUUUAUUUUUAUUUCAAUUGACAUUUGAUCUCUGAAAAGUUGGCUAGAAAACAGUUUUACCUUGAACGCGCACGACUCAAGUUUGUGGAAAACGAAUAAACUGGUCUGGACUCA